AUGCCCCCCUUCCAAACCCCACCACCAACCUCCCAAAUCUACACCCUCACCUUCCCCACCCCGCACAUCCUCCUCGUAACAAUAACCCGCGAGUCCCGCAUGAACGCCAUCCCAACACAGGGCCACAAAGACGGCUACGCGAUCUGGAACUGGUUCGACGAGGAGCCCUCGCUGCGCGUCGGCAUCAUCACAGGCGCCGGCGACAAGGCGUUCUCCGCGGGCGCGGAUCUGCUCGAGCAGCUUGAUUUCAAGAAUGCGAGUGACGGUGCGACCACGAAGACAGAAAAUGGUGCAGGUGAGCGCCUGCCCAUGCCGAACGGGUUCGGCGGGAUAAGUCAGCGGCGCGGCAAGAAGCCUGUUAUUGCGGCGGUCAAUGGGUUUGCGCUUGGUGGGGGGUUUGAGAUUUGUUUGAAUUGUGACAUGGUAAUCGCCUCGCCAAGCGCCCAAUUCGCCCUCCCCGAAGUCCAACGCGGCCUGUACGCCGGCGCCGGCGGACUAUCACGCAUAAUCCGCACGGUGGGGAUGCAGGUUGGGACGGAGCUCGCGCUGACGGGACGGCGGAUAAGCGCGGCCGAAGCGAAGGCCUUGCGGCUCGUCAACUAUAUUUCUGAAUCGCCGGGGAGCGUCCUGCAGGAUGCGAUUGAGCUCGCGAAUAAGGUUGCCGAUGUUAGUCCGGACGCGGUCAUUGUGUCGAGGCAUGGACUGCGCGAGGCGUGGGAGACGGGGUCUGUGGAGCAGGGGAGUCGGAAUACGGCGGAGCUUUAUGGGGCGAAGCUUUUAAGAGGCGAGAAUAUUCGGAGGGGGUUGGAGGCGUUUAAGGAGAAGAGGAGGCCUGAGUGGGUUGGGUCGAAGCUGUAG